AUGGACAUCGAACUAGCCUCUCCGCCGGCAGUCAAAUGCCAUAUGCGUGAGGGUCAAAUGCCAUGUUCGCGGUGCAAGAAGAGAGGUCUCCCUUGCAGUGUGAACCGAAGCUUGCAGACAUUAUUGGAAGACGAUGUCACAUGGAAAGGCGCCGUGGUGCAAAAGAUGCGGCGACUAGAAGAGGCUGUUGCAAAUAUUGCUGCCAAAGUUGACAUCCCCGAGUUGCAAUCUUUGCCAGCUGCCCCUGAAAUACAAGAUGGUUCUUCGGGUUCACCUGUUGAAGCUAUUCAUGAAGAAGUCACUGCGGGGGAAACCACGACCUCAAGUCAGGCACCUCAGCCAAAAGAGAAUCAUGAGCAACCGCAGACUUGGGAAGUGGUGAUGGACCCCCGGGGCGGCCCGGCUUCCAUCCCGGCUUCGUGUGUUUCAGAAAGUGGGAAGGCAGGCCCGCCAAACAGUGCAUCAACUGCCCGUCGUCCAGACUUGAUAUCCACGGGACUUAUCUCGCUACGCCAAGCCGUCGCAUUAUUCGAAACAUAUCAUCUCAGACUUGAUCAUUUCCUCUAUCGCAUUCUUGGCGACCAUAUUAGUCUGGACUCGGUUCGGAUCGCAUCCCCACUGUUAACAACGGCUGUUUGCACCGUGGCUGCUUUGCAUUCUCAAUCCCUCGGUCAUCUCUUUGAGACCUGCUACGGUGAAUAUAAGAAUCUUGUCGCGGCCCAAACUUUCUCAAGGCAUGCGAAUGAAGAUGACAUCCGUGGCCUGUGUAUUGGUGCGUUUUGGUUGCAUGAACUUUCUUGGGCCUUGAUCGGAAAUGCUGUCCGCGUUGCGUCGGAAAUAAAUCUCCAUGGCGGUAUCUACAAGGCCCUCAAAGGAGACCGCGAUGGUUAUCUUCAAGCUCGACUAUAUUAUCUCGUCUAUGUAUGCGAUCACCACUUUUCGAUCGCCUAUGGUCGACCCCCGAUGUCCAGAGAAGGGUUCAUAAUCGAGUCGGCUAGUCGAUUACUAGAAACCAAACAUGCCACAGAAGAUGAUGCUAGAUUAAUCAGCCAAGUCAAAGAAUGGUCAAUCCUGGGUCGAGUCUUUGACAACUUCGGGGUUGACGUUGAUACCCCUAUUGCACCUCAGACACUCCCUCAACUGCGUCGAUGCUCCAUUUCUUUGGACACGUGGUUUGCAGAUUGGAACGAUAGCUUCAAAGUGAAUCGGAAUGUCGGAAAUUAUCCGCAAAAGGGAGUUGGUUUUCACUUCCAUUUUGCAAAGUUAUAUCUUUGCUCGCACGCCUUUCGUGGUGUACCGAGCUCGGAGAGUGCACCUCAAUACAUGUCGCCUGAAUUGGAGGAGAUUGCCAAUGCCGGUGUAUUGUCAGCUAUGUCAAUCCUUCGGGUAAUUGUGAACGAUGCCGAGUUCCGAUCAUUCAUGAAUGGGCUUCCUUUAUAUUUUGAUACUAUGCUCGCGUUCGCCGUUGUUUUUCUCCUCAAAGUUGCCACAAAGUAUGCAUCUAUGAUCAGAAUUGAUACGGGCAAGAUCCUUUCCUUGGUCACUGAGACUGUGGCUGCCCUGCGGGACAUCACUCAAUCUAUGCAUAAACACCACCUCCUUGUGGUUAUUAGCGAAGGCUUGGGACGGCUGUUGAGAACAGCCCCCAGUGUUUGA